UUUCGUAUCGCAUAUCUGUAAUGAUACAAUAAACAAAGACAAAAUGAUAUCAUAUGACAAUAAAAAAUAUAUAUCAUGUAAGGAAAUCCAGUCGCCAAAUUAUCGGACUAUUUAACUGUCGCCUGUGAUAUCAGGAUGGCGACAAUGAAUGUGAUCUUUUUAUUUUUAAUGUGGACCUACGCUAGUGGAUUAUCUAGUCCACCAGUUACAAGGAAUACAAUUUUUGGCGAUGAAAAACAAAUAGGAGAAAUAUUUGAAAAUAUUGACACUGUUAAGGAUGACGCUGAUAAUUAUACGUUAUACCGACUUCCUACAACCACACGCCCAAAACAUUACGAUAUUUUAUGGACCAUUGAUACCUACAAACGUGUGUUUGAUGGCCAAGUUGAUAUAGAACUAUAUGCCACUCAACCAAAUGUUAGUGAAAUCGUAAUUCAUGCCCAUGAAAUGAAUUAUUCCUUUGUGGAACUAAAAUAUAAUGACGCAAUUAUAUCACGGCAAUAUAGCUUACUACCUGAGGCACAGUUUAUGAGAAUCAUACUGCAAAAUAGUUCUAUGGAAUACAAUGCGUCUAACCCGGUCGUAUACGUACUUAGCGUUGGAUUUAAUGCAGCUCUAAGAAAAGAUAUGCUCGGAAUAUAUGAAAGUUGGUACAGAAACCCUGGAGGAGAAGAAAAGUGGAUGGCUACAACUCAGUUCCAAGCAACUGCAGCUCGAAAGGCUUUUCCUUGCUAUGACGAGCCUAGUUUUAAAGCAACAUUCAACAUAACUAUAAGACGUCCAACCGAACUAAAAAGUUGGUCACUUACACGUAAAUUGUAUACGGAGAAUGCAACUCUAGCAGGUUACCAAAAUGACGUUUAUAGUAAGACACCAGUCAUGUCCACUUAUCUCCUUGCUUUAAUUGUUGCUGAUUAUGACAGUAUAACUUUACCUAGCAAUGUGAGUGAACAAUUACAUUACGAGGUUAUUGGAAGAAGAUCAGUACUUAGAAGUCAAGGAAACUAUGCCCUGUACCUAGGAAAGAAUCUAACUGAAGUUAUGGGUAUUCAUACGGGCAAAGAUUACUUCAGCUUGCAUGAGAAUCUAAAAAUGACACAUGCUGCUAUUCCUGAUUUUGAUGCUGGUGCUAUGGAAAACUUCGGACUUAUUACGUACAGAGAAGCGUACUUAAUGUAUGACACAGAGCAUACAAAUGAUUAUUUUAAACAAAUAAUAGCUUAUAUCCUGUCCCAUGAGAUAGCUCACAUGUGGUUUGGUAACUGGGUUACCUGUGACUUUUGGGAUAGUUUAUGGUUAAACGAAGGUUUCGCUAGGUACUACCAAUACUUCUUGACACAUUGGGUUGAAGGUUAUAUGGGUUUAGAUUCUCGCUUUAUUAACGAGCAACUUCAUACGUCGCUUCUAGCUGAUUCGUCUGACACCGCCCAUGCAUUGACCAAUCCAAAAGUUGGUAGUCCGAGUUCAAUACGCGGUAUGUUUGAUACUAUAACUUACAACAAAGGUGCAUCUGUGAUACGUAUGACUGAACAUCUUCUCGGUUCAGAAAUACUCGAAAUGGGCUUACAAAAAUAUUUAGCUGAUAAUGCAUAUAAAACCGCACGACCAAUUGAUCUUUUCGAAGCACUGCAAAACGUGAGUUUGUCCACUGGCGCAAUUUCUCAGUACAGAAACUUCUCGUUUAUUGAAUAUUAUAGAAGUUGGACUGAACAGGCUGGGCACCCGAUAGUUAAUGUGCAAGUUAAUCAUAAAACUGGAGAUAUGGUGAUUACACAGCGCCGUUUUAACAUAAAUACUGGUUUUUCCCGCAAUAACAAACAGUAUGUUAUUCCGCUCUCAUUCACAAGUGCUGACAAUAUAGAUUUUAAUAACUUAAAACCGAGUCACAUUAUGAGGGAUGGUGUUAUCGUGAUUAAUCGGGGUAGUGUAGGAAACCACUGGGUCAUCUUCAAUAAACAGCAGACAGGAUUUUACAGAGUCAACUAUGAUGAUUACACUUGGGAUCUCAUAACUGCUGCCCUCCGGAGUUCAAACAGAACCUUGAUUCACGAAUAUAAUAGAGCACAAAUUGUAAACGAUGUGUUUCAAUUCGCAAGAUCUGGCAUAAUGUCUUAUAAUAAAGCUUUCAACAUUCUGUCAUUCCUGGAGAAUGAAACUGAAUAUACUCCCUGGGUUGCUGCAAUUACUGGCUUUAACUGGCUUAGGAAUAGAUUCGCUGGUACCAAUUAUUUAGCACCACUCGAGGAGCUUAUCACAAAAUGGGCAUCAACGGUCAUGAAUCAGCUCACAUACUAUCCCCGACAAAAUGACACUUUCAUGACUUCAUACUUAAGAUACCAGCUUGCACCAUUCAUGUGCAGGAUGAAUGUUCGACGGUGCCUUGACGCUGCUGAAUCACAAUUUCGUGCAUUAGUUAACAAUCAAACGGAGGUCCCAGUUAACAGUAGAAACUGGGUGUACUGCCAUGCACUAAGGCUUGGUUCUAAGGCAGAUUUUGACUAUCUCUGGCAACGUUUUAACACGCACAAUGUCUAUACGGAGAAGAUUUUACUCCUCAUGACCUUAGGAUGUACAAAUGAUGAAGAAUCCUUAAAUACUUUGCUGAAUAAUAUCGUUGAAGAGAAUUUCGUUAUACGAAAACAAGAUUAUACAACGGCUUUCAACACCCUACUCAAUGAAAACUAUGAAAACGUACGGAUUGCCUUUCGCUUUAUCCAAAGAAACCUCACACAAGUACUGAAAGCAUUCGACGGUGCAAGUCCGAUUACCAACAUAGCCUCUAGAUUAAGAUCAUCACAAGACAUCAAUGCUUUUAAAAGUUGGGCUUCACAAAACAAUAAUACACUGGGAAAUUAUUACAAGGGUAUUGUAGAGCAGGCUCAGUCUACCCAGAGCAGUUUGGAUUGGGCUUUUGAAGUUCAAGACGAUAUUGGUCAGUAUCUUCAGGAAGGUGAUACAGAAAUUACCACGACAACAUUUGCACCACCAACGACACCACAAAUAUCAACAAUUUCUCCCCCACCUUUGGUUGAACCGGACUCACCCAAUUUACCGGAUUCCUCCGUCACAACUAUGAUAUCAUUAUCGCUUAUCAUAAUAACAGCAAUUGUUCAUUACUUGAUAUAAGUAUAUAAUAAUAUUUAUAAUAGUCAUAAAAAUAAAAUUAAUCUUUAUAACUAAUAUUUUGAAACAAGUUCCUGUAUUUGCACACGACCUUUGGUCUGAUAAGAUUAAAAGAUAUAUAAUUUUGUGAGUUUUAAAUAUUUAUAACAAAACAAGUACAUUUCAUGCUGUAUCUACAUCUGUAUUUAUGAAAA